GUCCGCUGAUUGAUAGAACGCUGUCUGGAGGCGGAGUGAUCCGUUGGUCAGUACAGCGGUCCACUGUUUGUCAGAACGCUGUCUGGAGGCGGAGUGAUCCGUUGGUCAGUACAGCGGUCCUGACGGGGAAUCCGUACCGGAGUCCUCGGCCAUCAGGGACCACUGAAGAAGCUGAUUUCUGUUUUCAAAGGAUGGAGAACAUCAGGGACAAUGAGGUGUAUUCUACAGGCACUGUCAACAAUGACAAAUAUUCUCCUGAAAGUGAAGCAGAAGAGGAACCAACAGCACUCACUCGGUCUCGUUUGUAUUUGGCGGGUUUGGGGAUUUUUGGUGCCCUGGUAGCUGGAACAGUCAUCUACAUGAGUGUAAAGAUGGCCGUCCAAAGGGAAAAUAUCAAUGACCUUACAACAGAAAGAAAUAUACUGAUUAAGGAAAGAAAGCUGGUGGAGAACCAAGAGCUGAGACAAGACAAUGACAACGGGUGUUACACGUGCCUGGAUGACUGGAUUCUCUUCAGACAAAAAUGCUACAUGUUUUACGACAAACCAGCUCCUUGGAAGACCUGGGAACAAAGUCGAAGGUUCUGUCAGAAGAAUAGUUCAGAUUUGGUUGUAAUUGGUGAUCUGGAGGAGCAGGAAUUUGUCAGUAAACACAUCAAGUACUACCAUAGUGAACACCAUGGAUACUGGAUAGGACUACAACAUGUUAACAACACCUGGACCUGGGUUGAUGGACAAAGAGACACUCUUGGGAUGGAGGACAGAGUGAACCAUGACUCUUAUUCUACAGUCCCUGUCACCAAAGACAAACUUUCUCCUGAAAGAGACGAGAGUCAGCUGAUUUCUGUCUGGUCAUUUAUUCAUGAAGAUCAGAGUUCAGGUGAAGCAGAAGAGGAACCAACAGCAUUCACUAAGUCUCGUCUGUAUUUGGUGGGUUUGGGGAUUUUUGUUGGCCUGGUAACUACAACACUCAUCUACAUGAGUGUAAGGAUGGCCACGGUGCUGGAAAAUAUCAAGGACCUUAAAAUAAAAAAAAGUCAGCUGCUUCUGGAAACUACGAUAAUGGAGAGACAGAUUAACGCACUCACCCUAGAGAUCGACAAAGAGUGUGGGCCGUGCCCGGAUGACUGGAUUCUCUUCAGACAAAAAUGCUACAUGUUUUACGACGAACCAGCUCCUUGGAAGACCUGGGAACAAAGUCGAAGGUUCUGUCAGGACAGACGAGCAGAUUUGCUUGCAAUUGGUGAUCUGGUGGAGCAGAAAUUUAUCAACAAACACAUCAAAUAUUACCAUAGUGAACACCAUGGAUACUGGAUAGGACUACAAUAUGUUAACAACACCUGGACCUGGGUUGAUGGACAAAGAGACACUCUUGGGUUCUGGGCGAAGAACACGGUCACCAGUCCGGGACCAAAAGCUCUGGUGAUUCCAAGUCAAAAUCCCUCAGAGAGCUGGAAGAAAGAAAACAAUGAGUUUCUGAACAAAUUCAUCUGUGAGCAUAAAGCUCGACUGAGGUCCAACUGACCGACUGUCCUCUGAAAGUUUCAUGCAGGAAUGCUCAACUCUGUCGUGAAUUUCUAUAUACAAGUCAUCAUCACCUUAAUAAUCUGCUGGUUCUGGAUGAAUCAGACGGUCACCAGUCCAGGACUGAAAGCUCUGGUGAUUCCAAGACAAAAUCCCUCAGAGAGCUGGAAAAAAGAAAAUAAUGUGUUUCUGAACAAAUUCAUCUGAGCGUGACUCCCGCCUGGCUCAUUCUGUCUAACUGCUCUCUUAAAGAUUCAUGCAGGAAUAUCAGCUGUGUCAUUAACUUCUGUAUACAAGGCAUUACAUCAUCACUCUAAUUAUCUGACAGUCAAUUUAUAUUAUUCUAAGUGGAGAGAGAAAACAAGACUUAUGAAAAUCCUUUAUUUAAACAUUUUUAUGCAGAAUGUCAACAUUAAAAUGAAAACCGAGGCUUAAUGUGAAACAGAAUUACAGAGUAACAACUUCCAGCGUCAGAGUAACAACGUCUUCCCAAAGGGCAGAGAAGUGGCAUAGCUAAAUGUUAAAUACAUUUAAAUUCAACUAAAAUGAAACAUAAACCUGAGCCGCUAAACAGUUUGGACAUUUAAACCAGCUAAAAUGACCAGAAACACAUGAAAUUAGAUGCAAAAUACAUACACAUAAGUUAAAACUGGAAACGUGCAAUAAGUUUAAUAAAGCUUCACAGUUUAAAAAACAAACUAAUCACUAAUCCAAUUCAGUUUAUUUACACAGUGUCAAUUCAGACCAAAUGUCACCUCAAGGCACUUUACAAAAAAUAAUUUCAGUUCAGUCGUACAAAACAUUCCAGUUGAUUCAAGUUCUCAAUGCAGAAGCUCACUUAAUUAUUCAAAGUGUUUAAAAGGUUCCUAAGGAAACCCAGUGGAUUGCAUCGACUUUUAGCAUUCAGAGACGACCAGCAACCGUUCAUACCGAGCAUGCACAUGGUGCACAUGGUGCACAUGGUGACAGUGGAGAGGAAAAGCUCCCUUUAACAGGAAGAAACCUCCAUCAGAACCAGAACCAGGCUCAGUACAGUCUGAAGGUCUGAGGUGACAGAGCAGGAUGCAAAAGAAACAGAUGAACUGAUUAUUUUUGGUGUUCAUGGAAAUAAAAUGUUAGACUUUAUUAAAAAAAAAAAGCAAAACAGUUUUCAAACUACAGGUAGACAAGUUAGGUACAUAAAGACAUGAAUUAGUAGUAUAUUAGAUUUAUUGAAGAUGAAGUUUAUGGAAUAUUUUAUUCACAGCACAGGUUAAACGGGCUGUAAACUGCAUUUCACAUGCAGCUUAGACUAACAGGAUUAAUCAAACUGGAAACUUAUUACGUUUUGUUUUGGUGUCUCACAAAGAUCCAAGUCAGGAACUCCACAUUACAUGUGACCUGUAGGAUCUUCUCAUUAGUGGCUGUCACUCCAGAAUGAAUGAGUGAGUGAAUGAAUGAAUGAGUCAUGCCUUUACACUGAGGUUUAAAAUGGCCUAAUUUAACAGCGUGUGUAACUGUUUUCUGCUAAGCUCAUGCUGCUAAUAGCUGUUUUUGUAUGAUCAUGGUUCAUCAAGUUGAUGGAGAAAACUGUUGGAGGCUGAAUGUGUAAAGAUGAAGAAAAGUAAGUUUGUAAAUCUGCAACCUAAAUAUAUAAAUAUAGUAACUUUAAGAGUUCAGAUUACAGAAAAGCGUGGUUGGUUUUCCGUUUGGGACAAAUCAGAAAUAACUUUAUAAAGUGUCAACUAAUAGUUUUCCUUUGAUUUUUAUUUUCUUUUUGUUUUAGACCACAUUCAGCUCGACUAAAGAACAUUUUGGACCUUUAAACUUCUUUCUUUCAUCUUUACAUUGAUAUCAGCCUCCUCUAACAGUACAGAUGUGGAAAACCUUUGUUCUGCAUACCUGCUGAUGCCAUUGAGACGAUAUUCACCCAGUUGUGUUAAGACAUUCAGGGCUCUUAUAAAUGGUUGAACUGUAACACAGACCAUAAAUAUAAACCUGUAGCAUUCAUGUACUGAGAAUGAUAAUGCUAUUAAAUCUUAUUUAAUGCAUUCAAAGAAAAAUUAAAAUAAAAUAUAUAGUACAUUUGG